AUGGAUUGUGAGAAUAAGGAUUCUGAGCUUAGAAAAGUUGGAUCAUCUCGCACAAGCAGUGCCUGUUCUUCUCUCAGGAGGCGUUCUUUAAGUUUAUCACUUUCUCUUCCUAAACAUCUGAAUGAUGAUGACGAUGAAAGUGAAUCUGUAUCCGAAGCAGGAGAUAUCGGGGAUCGAGAGCUUCAUAGCAGUAGGUACAGUGGGAGUUUCAGGCUAAGAUUAAUUGGUGAAAAUGCACCAGAACAUGGAGUGGUUGUUCCCAUUUCAGAGGACAGUAUGUUGGAGUCUAAUGCCAAUUCAUUAUGGUCUCGUGAUCCCAAUGCUAUGAGUGGUGUUACUCCCGAGCAUAAAAAGAAUGAUGAAAAAAUAGAGGUGCCAUGGAUUUUGGAGUAUGCUUCAUGUCUCUUGUUUCUAGCUGUACUUGGAAUAUUGGGGGUUUUGUUGAGGUACGGUCUCCAAAAAUUAUUCGGACCAGGAAUAGUUGGUGCCACAUAUGAUCAUAGUUAUAUGUAUCCCGACCUGCCUUCUAACAUGGUCGGUUCGUUCUUGAUGGGUUGGUUUGGUGUCGUCUUUAAAGAGGACAUUUCCAGAAUUUCAAGUCAAUUGGCAAUUGGAUUGUCAACUGGUUUUCUAGGAAGCCUUACUACUUUCAGUGGUUGGAACCAAAAAAUGCUCGAGCUUAGUGUUGGAGGGCAGUGGGUUUUUGUAGUUCUUGGCUAUCUUAUAGGUUUAUUUCUUGUUGCCUACUCGAUCAUAUUUGGAAUUGAGACUGCCAAAGGUGCCAACUGGCUCUACAAAAGAGCCAGUAUGAAUUCAUCCAACUUGGGCACCGACUACCAUUGGAGAGCAGAUAGCUGCAAGCGCCAUUUAAUAGUAAUACUUGUUCUACUAGUCAUUCUAGCAUCGCUCUGGGGGAUGAGCAUAGGACUGGAGGUAAAUGAAUUCAGCAGUGGCAGUACAAAAGUGCAGUUGUGGCUGGGCUGCAUAGUUGGUCCAUUUGGCGUGUGGAUUAGGUGGUUCUUAGCACGACUAAAUGGACGUGGUUUAGGAAAAUCAGGCUUGCUCAAAUGGGUACCUUUCGGAACUUUGAUUGCCAAUGUAUCAGCAGCUUCUAUCAUGGCAGCACUUGCAACCUUGAAGAAAGCAGUCAACACACAGACGUGUGACACUGUUGCUUCUGGUAUUCAGUUAGGAUUAUUGGGUUGUCUAAGUACAGUUUCAACUUUCAUUGCUGAAUUUCAUGCAAUGAGAGGAAGCAAGUAUCCAUGGAGGGCGUAUGUGUACGCUUUGUGUACGAUACUUAUAUCAUUUGUCUUGGGGACACUUAUAUACUCCGUGCCUGUUUGGGUUGAAAAUUUCAGCUAGAGGAUCAAUAAUACAAGAUCAAAGUCGAUGUCGGGGUGCUUUCAAAUAGUAAGUUGUUCUCAGCAGAUCAGAUCUUCAUAAUUUGGGCUGUUGAGGUCCUUAUAUAUCUCAUGGCAAAUACAACAGUUGGCUGUUUCCCAGCUCCAAAGAAACAAGAACAAAUACAAGAGAGUGUUACAAAAUUGGGAAAUGAAAAAUCUUACCCUGAAUACGGGUAUUUAAUCAAGUGGACAGUUUAAGGAUGCAAGUUCCAGAUCGUAUUAACAACUGUUGUAACUUCAUACAUGUUACCUUCUCAAAAAGAAAAAAGACAACUGUUGUAAUUGUAGGUCAAUUUUAAUCUCAUAUUGGCAGCAUUUUAUAGUUAUUUUCUCCAAAUUGGCUUUUGGAUCUUUUGGUACUUUUUAGCCCAUAGAUAUUCUUUUAAUGAAGUAAACAAUUGUUGAGAUGUUUUCAACUUCUGAGGUUAGCACAAGACAUGGAUGGGUGGUUAUUAUAGUUUGACUAUUCAGAGACAAGGAAUGCUGGACAUUUUGCAUAUUAGUGAAGACCGGCUUAUCUUUUCUUUUUAGCUAGAAUAUGACAGUGGACUUAUAAUUAGUAAUAAGCAACUGUUGUAGAAUUUGAAUUUGUUGGAAAGAGAGAAGUAUAAUUAUGAUGGAACAA